CGUACUUACAAUAAGUUGACUUGCUGGUUAUAUUUGAUGCAACUAAAAUAUAUGAGGAAUGGUAAAUUACUGAGCAAGAGAGGAAACCAAGGUGAAGAAAGAAACUAUAAAAACCUGCUGGAAGGCGUCUUAUUUGUAUCUCAACUGCUCUUCUUUAUCCCCCUUGCAGUUCAACUUCAUAAUAGUUUCUUUUGUCACAACGUCUGAGAAAGAGGGAGAGUAAUGUCUUCAGACAAAGAUUUGUUCAAUCUGAAAGAUGGCUUCCUUCAAUUACGAGAACACGAUAGCGUAUGCGAUGUUGUGAGGGAUCGUAUGAAUUUCUUUGUAUGGGAAUUAAAAAUGGUGGAUAGUUUUCUCGGUUUGCAGAGCUUUCCCUUCGCUGGUGAAUGCGGCAUUAUGCUAAAUGUCACACAGAAAAUGCUCAAAAUUUGGAAGACAUUGUAUGCUACUUUGGACAACCCAAAUGCAGAAUCCUAUUUGGAGGAGUUCAUUGUUACACCCCGACGGGACGAGUUCCUUGAUUCAAAUACUGAUCCCUUUACCUUUCACGUGCCAACAGAAAUAUGGAAGACUAAGCUGGAAUUCAUAGCUAAAUACUCCUUUCCCAAAAUACCUCUUUCAGUCAACAAGGUGGAUGAUAUUAUUCCUACCCCCGAUUUUUUGAUGGAAUUUAUCGAUUCUGUAGAAGAAAACCUCAGUGUUCUAGUGCAGAUCGACAAUCCAUGUUCUUUGCUUUUUGUUCCGGGACCCAAGGACCAAAUAGAAGAGGUUCUAAAGGAGUUGAAGUUACUGAGAUUUUUUAUCCUCUUUCUUUCACACAAAUGCAUAGAUCCUCAAAGCCAACAUUCUUUCUUCACUCACGUUUUAAUUGAGGCUAGCCACGCAGCACUGGUUGCAUGGUUGUAUCUGCAAAACCAUGGCAACAAAAAUCAAGACUUGGCUCCUAGUGAGAUGAAUGUUUCGUUUUCUGAUCUCCUGAAAAUGAAGACUAACGCCAUUCUUCCAGGCAUUCACAAGGUCUAUGUUAAUGUCCUGCAAGCUUUGAAGCCGACAAUACAACCAGGAUGGCAUCCCACUAAUCAAAAUGAGCAUGCACCUGGCAGUGUCUUUAUUGUGGAGACUGUCGCGCACAGUUUGGUGGAGCUACCAACUGUUAGUAAUCCUUGUCAGAUAGUUGGUUUGAACGAUCAAAUGGAAAUCCUUCGAGAGAUGCGCAACCUAUUAAGAGACAAUCUCAUCAAUUUGCCAGUACUAGAUCUUGAACACCAUUCUCAAGAUAUGGGCACUGUUAUUGUUGAUGCCGGACUUCUAAUUUACUCAUUUUAUGAUAUCAAGGGGGAGAAGGAAAACACGAUGUUAGAGGAUGUGAACCGAGAACUUGGUCUUGAUCUUCCGAGAAACAUCGAGCCUGUCAAGGCGAUGUUGUACCUCAUCAUUCGAAAGGCAUUUCAGUCUAACCUAUCAAGGAUUCAUGGUCUAGGCUAUGUUGAUUUUCUUUUAAACAACCUGAAGGAGUUCCAAAGCCGCAAUUCAGAUCCACUCUCUUCUGUCAUGAGCCAGCUUCAAAUAAUUCAGACGGAAAUUGAGAACUUGCAACCUUUUCUCAAGGAUGUUGCUGAAGAGCGAUAUAAUAAGCAUGAGGGACCUCAACAGUGGGCUACACAAUUUAUUGGCAAAGCAUAUGAGUUGGAGUAUGUAACUGAUGCUUUCAUAAGGAAAGAAGUUCCUCAUUGGUGUCUCGAGCGUUGGAUCCUGGAUAUCAAAGAGGAGAUUACUCUUAUCAGGGCAGAGGUAGCAGCGAUUCCAGAAAAGCAAGUGGUCGAGGUUGACUUAGUAUCACAUGAUACCCUUGAUACGUCCACUGUUCAUACACUAUCACAAUUGUCUAUGAAUCGAAGUAUGAAUGAAGAAAUUGUUGGUUUCGACGACGUGAGGGAAGAACUAAAAAACAAACUAACAAAGGGAUGCCGAGAACUAGAUGUUAUCUCUAUCCUAGGUAUGCCUGGCCUAGGUAAGACGACUUUGGCCUACAAACUCUAUUCUGAUAAUUCAGUUAUCUCUCGCUUUGAUAUUCGUGCACAAUGUUGUGUCUCUCGAGUAUAUAGACGUAUGGAUUUGCUAAUGGCCCUUCUACAUGAUGCUAUUGGUAUGAGGGAUAGCGUCUCUUGUGAAGCUGAUGCAGCAGAAAAGCUUAGGAGAACUUUAAUGGCCAAAAGAUAUCUUAUCCUUGUUGAUGAUGUGUGGGAAGCUAGUGCGUGGGAUGAUUUAAGUUCUUGCUUCUAUGAUGCCAAAAAUGGAAGCAGAAUCAUUCUAACAACUCGACAUCGUGAAGUUGCCAAUUAUGCUACAUCUGUUAGUAAACCCAUACCUCUUCGCAUCUUUAAUGAUGAAGAAAGUUGGAAAUUACUUGAAGAUAAAGUGUUUGGUAAAGAAAGCUGCUCCUCUACCCUGGAAAAAGUUGGCCAACAAAUAGCAAAAAAGUGUGGAGGGCUGCCUCUUUCAAUUGUUCUGGUGGCUGGUAUUCUGGCAAAGAUGGAGAAAAACGAAGAGAAUUGGAAACAAGUGGCUAGGACCUUAGGUUCCCACAUUCACAGCGAUUCAAAGGCUAUUGUAGAACAGAGUUACCAGGAUUUGCCUUAUCAUCUUAAGGCUUGCUUCCUCUAUUUUGGAGCAUUUUUGGAGGAUACAGUGAUUGACGCUUCAUGGUUAACAAGGUCAUGGAUAUCAGAAGCAUUUAUAAAAAGUUGUGAAGGCAAGAGUUUGGAGGAUAUAGCAGAAGCUUACUUGGAGCAUCUUAUCGGAAGAAAUCUUGUGAUGGUUUCCAAGAGGGCCUAUUUAGAUGGUAAGGUCAAAGCAUGUCGCAUUCAUGAUGUAUUGCUCGACUUCUGCAAGAAAAGAGCAACCGAGGAGAAUUUUCUACUAUGGAUAAAAUGGGAUCAGAAUGUCAAUCCUUCUUCCCGUAUUUAUUCUUCUCGCAAGCACCAUUCUCAACCUCGCUUGGCCUUUUGUGAAGUCGAUAAUCUUGCUGAAUGGCGUUCGUCUUGCUCACUUGUUGGCUCUGUACUUUCCAGGCGUGAUAACACAUCCUUUUGUAAACUUGCUAUUUCUGGCAUUUUACAGAAUUUCAAGUUUCUAAAAGUGUUGGAUUUGGAGCAAGACGUUGUUAUUGAUUCUUUCCCAGCGAAUCUAGUUCACUUGAGGUAUUUCUCUGCAAAGACUAAUCAAAAGUCAAUUCCUUCAUCCAUAUCCAACCUUCGGAACCUUGAAACUCUCAUAAUCAAAGGUCGUAAAGGAGGAUAUAUGUCAGUACCUAUUACAGUUUGGAAAAUGGUUAAAUUGAAACAUGUGCAUAUUUCCGGCAGCGACGGCAACGGCUUCGUUAUAGAAGCUGCAGAAGAGGACUCCACAAAACUUCAUGAUUUGGGAACUCUUUCCACUCCAUAUUUAUCUUGUGUGGAGGAUGCGGAAUUGAUGUUGAGUAAAGCACCUAAUCUUAGGGAACUGAAAUGCAAAUUCACGGGUGAUAGCAGCGGUCCAUUCCCAGAUUUGGAUUUUCCAACACGGCUUGAGACGCUGCACAUUAUCGCAGUAUUCUGGUACCAGAUGUUUCCUGUAUGCAUCUCCGGAUCAAAUCUCAAAGACUUAACAAUAUUCAAAUUUAGAUUGGGCAAUGAGAACUUAUCAAGCAUUGCUCAGCUUCAGAACCUUGAGGCACUACAGCUGACUUCCAUACAAUUUGAUGAUGAAAAAUGGGAAGUGAGCAGUGACGAGUUCACUCAACUCAAAGUCUUGAAACUAAUAGAUUGUAGCAGUCUUAAAGAAUGGACUGUCUCCGAUGAUGCAUUUCCUAACCUUGAGCGCUUGGUUUUGCGUAGAUGCUGGAAUAUUAAGGAGACACCUUCUUGUUUCGGAGACAUCUUAUCUCUAAAGUCCAUUGAGGUAAAGUAUUGCAGUGAAUCUGUUGUCAAGUCGGCCAGGAUUAUCCGAGAAACACAAGUUGAAGAAUAUCAAAAUGCUGAUUUCAAGCUCGUCAUCAAGUAAUCCGAAUUCAGCUACACUACUGAGAAAAUAUAACCAUAUUAUGUCUCAUUCUUUAGACCUUGCUUUAAUUCAUUUUCCUUACUUCAAAAAGGUUGCCUUUUACCAAC